GAUGGCGCUUUAUCAGACAGAUAAUUUUUAUGAAAGACGUUUGCACAUCUGUUUCUUCGAUCAAGUUGCGUACAGCAACGAUGUCAAGUAAUUGAUGUUUAUUGAAACAUCACGUAUAUCGAACUUGAUUAUUUAAAUUCCAUCUUGAGGACCAUCAGAACAGAGUGAAAAAGCAUAAAAAUGGCUACUGUACCGUUGAUAUUGCUCGAGGAAGAUGUAGAACGAGGCGGCAAGGAACGGGACGAUCACGAAAUACAAAAUGAUUUUGCGUACAGAAACAAUGUGCAUAAUGCGGACAUCAACAUACGAAUGGGUUUCUUGCGGAAGGUAUAUGGUUUGUUGAGCAUUCAACUGUUGAUGACGGUUGUAGUGGGUGCGGUAUUCAUGAUGAGCUCAACUGUGAAAUUAUAUGUACAAAACAACCCAUGGACUAUAGGUCUAGCAUUCUUCAUGACGAUGGGAAUCCUGGUCGGUUUGCUGAUCAAGAGGCGGGAUCAUCCUGCCAAUCUAGUCCUUUUGUGUGCAUUUACUCUUGUGCAAGCUUACACUGUGGGGGUCGUAGUGUCCAUGUACGACACCGCGUUAGUCCUGGAAGCUCUGUUUAUAACGUUGACUGUUUUGCUCGGCUUGACGGCUUACACCUUCCAGACCAAGCGUGACUUUUCAUUCCUAGGAUUCGGAUUAUUCAUCGGACUUUGGUGCCUCCUGAUUGGCGGCUUAAUACAGAUCUUCGUCCAGAGCACUGCACUAGAGCUCGCUAUGAGCAUUGGAGGCGCGUUAUUGUUCUGCCUGUUCAUAAUCUUCGACACGCAAGCGAUAAUGCACACCCUCUCGCCGGAGGAGUACAUCCUGGCGACGAUCAAUAUCUACUUAGAUAUUAUCAAUUUAUUCCUGCACAUAUUACGAGCACUCGCGAUCUCGAAGCAAUAAGCAAGAAGUAUUAUUCGCGUUUUAUUAUUUAUAAGCGCAAGUUACUCUAUGAAUCUUUUGUUAUCCCAUAAUGUGAUCGAGUUUUACAAUAUACAAGAGAUUGUAUAUUGUGCGGUUAAUUAUAUAAUAAAUUUAUAUUUUUAUCUAGAUAUUUAUAGCGCUUGUGAAACAUAAUAAUAUUAUUAUUGUAUACUAUGUGCAACGUAUUGAUAUUUUUAGCGUAGGAUGUGUAUAUAUAAGGGACUUUUUUUCUGUGAGAAAACACUUCGAAGCUUUGUUCUUAAUAUUUUAUUCUGAUAAACCAUAAAAUAGCAAAAUU